AUGAGUUCAAAUAGUUCUGCUAACAAACCACGGGAAGAGGAAUAUCCACCGCAAAAAAUAUACCCUUUAAAAGAUUUUGAAGCACCUGCUGAGCCAGAACCUUUUUACCAUAAUUAUCAGCAAGGAGUACCAAUUGCAUUGGAUAUUGGUACGUCUUCAUUCAAGAUUGGAUUAACAAAUGCCAGUGCACCAAAUAACGUAUUUCCAGCGAUCAUUGCUCGUUACAGAGAUCGUAAGGCGUUGAAGACGUUGACGAUUGUUGGAAACGAUGUGUAUAGAGAUCAGUCGCUUAGGUCGUCGCUGAGAACCCCAUAUGAUGGUCCUCUUGUGACAAACUGGGAUUAUGUGGAGUUCAUGCUUGAUUAUUCCUUUGAGCACUUAGGGGUACAUAGUGACAACGGAAGAUUGAAUAAUCCGGUUAUCAUGACUGAGCCAGUUGCCUGUCCAAUGAGCCAGAGAAAAAAUAUGUACGAAUUGCUUUUCGAAGCGUAUCAGGCACCAAAAGUGACUUUUGGAAUUGAUUCUUUGUUCUCGUACUAUGCUAAUUCAGAUACUAAUACGGCCAAUGGGGUUGUCAUCGGCACAGGGCACGAGCUGACCCAUGUAAUUCCUGUUUCUCAAGGUAAGGGAAUAUUACUGCAGACGAAAAGAAUAGACUGGGGUGGAGAUCAGUCCCAGCAAUUUAUUCAAAGGUUGUUGUCCUUAAAAUACCCUUACUUCCCCACAAAAUUGACAUCACAAAAUACCACCAACAUAUUAUACGAUCAUUGUUACGUCCUGAAGGACUAUCAAGAAGAAUUAUCAAACUAUCUUAAUAUGGACUACUUAAAUGAUCAUGACGUUGUUCUUCAGGCGCCAGUAGACGUAUCGACAUCAACAGACAAAAAGAAAUCUGCAGAGGAAUUAGCAAAACAAACCCUAAAGAGAAAAGAACAAGGUAAAAGAUUACAGGAACAAGCUCAGCAGAAAAGGCUUGAAAAGCUUGUGCAAAAAGAACAAGAGUUUGAAUAUUAUACAAACUUGAAGAAGGAAUUUGAAGGUAUAUCGCCCAAGGAAGUUCAACAGAGAUUGGAAGCAGAGGGUUUCGAGGAUUUGAAUGAUUUCAACAAGUAUGUGACCAACUUGGAAAAGACAUUGAAGAGAACGCGUAAUCAAGAUAUUGGUGAUCACGAGGAUGAUGAGACCACUAAUUCUUGGCCUCUAGUUGAUAUUCCUGAUGAUCAAUUGUCGGAAGAUCAAAUAAAGGAAAAAAGAAAGCAAAGGCUCAUGAAAGCUAAUUUUGAUGCUCGUGAACGUGCAAAAGAGCUUAAAAGACAAGAAGAAGAGUCAUUAGCCAAAUUUGAGAAGGAACAAGAAGAAUGGCGUGAAAGAGAUUUGGAGGACUGGUGUUCAGUCAAAAGACAAGAGUUGGGACAAAUAUAUGGUAGAAUGAAAGAGAGGACUAAACUUUUAAAUUCCAUGAAAGAUAGGAAGUCAAUGGCUGCCCAGCAACGUAUGAAAAACAUUGCGGAUUUAGCAAAUGAUGAAACUGGUUCAACCUCAAGUGCAUCAAGAAAAAGACGUCGUAAUGCAAAUGCGACCAUCGAUAAUGAUCCAAAUGAUACAUUCGGAGCCAAUGAUGAUGACUGGAGUGUUUAUAGGGAUAUUAGUAAUGCCACAUUAGAAGAAGAACAAGAAGAAGACAAUACAGCAUUGCUUAAAUUAGAAGAGCAGCUAUUGCAGUAUGAUCCUAAUUUCCAUCAUGAGGAUACGCUUGCUGCCUCACAAACUUUUGAUUGGAAGAAUCUGACGUUACAUAAAUUCAUUCAUGGCCCUCGUCAAAAUAUUACUAUAUCUAUGCAAGCUGAAAUCUCUGACCCAGAUGAAUUAGCUAACCACCCAGAAAUAAUCAAAAAGAACCACCAAUUGCAUUUUAAUAUCGAAAGAAUACGAGUUCCUGAAAUUUUAUUCCAGCCAAGCAUUGCAGGUCUUGAUCAAGCUGGUAUUGCUGAGUUACUGAGCGAUUUACUUUACAGAAGAUUAGACGGUAACUUCUCGUCUAGUGGUCAAUCUCAUAGCAUGAUUCAAGAUGUCUUUAUUACUGGUGGCCUUGCGAAGUUGCCAAAUUUUGUGGAAAGAACUACUAAAGAAUUUACUUCAUUCUUACCUGUAGGGGCUCCAUUGAAAGUUCGUAGAGCGAAGGAUCCAAUAUUGGAUGCUUGGAAGGGUAUGCAAAAAUGGAGUCAAAGCGAAGAGUGUGAAAACAGCUAUGUUUCUAAGGAAGAGUAUGAAGAACUUGGGCCAGAAUACAUAAAGGAACAUGGUUUAGGUAAUGCUUGCUUAAUGUAA